AAUUCCAGCCAGUAUAAAGGCCCAACAGAAUGGGGAAGGGACUGGGCCGGGCUUCAGAUGUUUACUAAUUUCGAGGGCCAUAAAUCUAUUACAGAAACAGUCCCGACAAAAAUCAUGUUAUGAAGCAUUUCGAAGUAAAUGAUCAGAAAAACCACCAGAUCGAAGAGCGUCAUCUGCCACCAACGUUCAUCCAUAUGGCGAAGAUGCACAAAUCUAAGAACCCUAAAGCAAAUCCAUGCUCGUAUGGUCAUUAAUGGCAUCAAUUCCAAUCGUUUUGCUCUGCGGGAACUCAUAUAUGCGUCCGCAUAUGCAAUUCAUUCCACCAUUUAUUAUGCCCACCAACUGUUCGCUCGAAUUUCGCAACCGGACCUCUUCAUGUGGAACACCAUGCUCAGAGGGUCAGCUCAAUGCCGCAAGCCUGAGCUCGCUAUUUCACUCUAUGCUCAGAUGGAGCGUGGUUACACUCGGCCUGAUCAAUACACGUUUCCUUUUGUGCUCAAGGCGUGUACGAGGCUUUCCUGGAUUAACAUGGGUAGCGUGAUUCAUAGCAAGAUUUUAAAAUAUGGUUUUGAGUGGAAUAAGUUCGCGAGGAACACCCUUAUCUAUUUUCAUGCAAAUUGUGGGGAUAUAAGGGCAGCCAGCACACUUUUUGAUGGCUCUGCACGGGAAGAUGUUGUUGCUUGGUCUUCUUUAAUUGCUGGAUAUGCAAGGAGAGGGGAAUUGCAUAUGGCGAGGUGGUUAUUCGAUGAGAUGCCGGAGAAGGAUUUGGUUUCUUGGAAUGUGAUGAUCACGGGGUACUUGAAACAGGGGGAGAUGGAGUAUGCUAUGGAGUUGUUUAAUGUGGUUCCCAAAAGAGAUGUCGUGACGUGGAAUGCUAUGAUUUCUGGCUGUGUGCUUAGUGGGAUGCACAAGACGGCAUUGGAGAUGUACGAGGAGAUGACAAGUGGUGGGGAGCAGCCUGAUGAAGUGACCAUGUUGAGUCUAUUAUCGGCAUGUUCAAAUUUAGGAGCUCUAGAUGUUGGAGAGAAAAUACAUUUGUCUAUUUUGGAGAUGGGCGAGGGAGAAUUAGUUGUUGUUCUUGGUAAUGCUCUUAUUGAUAUGUAUGCCAAGUGUGGGAGAAUUGACAAGGCACUCGAUGUAUUUCACAGAAUGAGGGAGAAGGAUGUGUCCUCGUGGAAUUCUAUAAUUGUAGGAUUGGCCUUUACUGGUUAUAUGGAGAAAUCCAUCUCCUACUUUGAAGAGAUUAAGAAAUUGAAGUUUAGGCCUGAUGAGAUUACAUUUAUGGGGGUAUUGAUCGCCUGUACUCAUGCUGGAAAAGUUGAUGAAGGACGUGCAUACUUUAAUAUGAUGAGAGAUGAGUAUAAUAUUCAGCCAAAUAUAAAGCACUGUGGGUGUAUGGUGGAUUUACUUGGGCGUGCAGGGUUGUUGGAUGAAGCAUUUAAGUUCAUUGACACCAUGGAGAUUGAAAUCAAUGCUAUUAUUUGGAGGACAUUGCUAGCUGCUUGCAGAAUUCAUGGUAAUGUUGAGCUGGGAAGAAUUGCAAAUGAGCAGCUGCUCAAACUGAGACAGGAUGAAAGUGGUGAUUAUGUGUUAUUGUCAAACAUAUAUGCUUCGAGUGGGGAGUGGCAUGGUGCUGAAAAUGUGAGGAAAUUGAUGGAUGAUAGUAGGGUGACGAAAGAGCCUGGAUGUAGCCUGAUUGAAGAAGAAAAUGAUGAACUUCGUUUCUUGUUCGGUUCAAAACCUUGUCCGAAUUUAAAAGAGCUUUCACUUAGUGUUUAAAGUUGAAAAUUUCUCUCACGCUCUUCGUGUUUAAAGGUGAAAAUUUCUCUGAUGCUCUUCGGGUGUCAUAUAAAGGAAAAUAUGCAUCGAAUUAAAAUUUUUUCGAUGUUUCUUUAUA